CCAGUCUUCUCGUGUAUAUCGAGGCGGUUGGUGAGCGUUGCGAUUAAUACGGACUGCACCCGCGGAAUCGCAUUCCAAUCUCUCGAUGUUUUUCGAACGUUGCCCUUGUCCCUUGGAAAAAUUCGCGCCAGAAUAUCUUUAUGUCGACUUUCUAACAACGAUGUCACGAAUCGAUUCCAUUCGAUCGUCGUCAUUCGUUAAAGGAUUCAGCGAUCAACCGUGUCAGUGAAAUCUUUUGUAAAAGAUUGCCAACCAAGUUUGGAAUCAACGUAAGAGAAGCAAGGAGAACGUUCACGAGGGCGUAAUUAUAAGAACGUCGUUCUUGUAUACGCUGGGAGACAACCAAGGAGAGCGCUAAUGUCAGCGACAACAGAUUUCUGCUCCAUAUAGGAACUUGCUUCGCCUACGAACGGAGUCUUACACGAUAAUUGCCGUUCGCUUUCACUCGGUCGGUGGAAGUUAGACGGUGUUUCUCCAUAUCUUUCUUUCUCUAUCUCCCUCUCUCUUUUUUUCUCUCUCUCUCUCUCUUUCUCUCUCUCUCUCUCUCUCUCUCACUCUCUCUGUUUCCCUCCUUCACUCCUUCCCACCUUCUCUCUUUUUCUCGAAACGAAACGAAAAGUAUCGUCGAUAAUACAACGGUUAAUGAGGAUCAUAAGAAGGAGGAUUAAAAGAGAAACGAAGAAAAUCGAGAAGAGGUUAACAUCGUUACAUGUCGUCCGUCGACGGUUUGUACAUAUACGGCCGAUUAAAAAAUACAAGAUAAUAGGAAGGAUCGAGAAGAUCGAAGAAAAUCAUCAUCGAUCGAUUCAUUCGCUUGGACGAAUGAUCGUUGCCUAAAAGGAAGAACCCUAGUUUCUGAUUGGUUAGUUCGCGGAUAUCGCCGCUUUACGCGCUGUUCGCCGGGAGAGAAUCUAAGAAGAGUAAAUAAAAAGAAGAGGCGAGGAAAAAACCGGCAAACUGGAUGCCACAGACGGUGCCUCCCCUCCUCCACCCCCGCCCGACAUUACUGUCACCCAGGAUGACCGACCGACAAUAUUCUUUCCUGGUAGACGCACGAAUCGAGUACGAAGGAAAUAUCGGAAAUAGAAAUCGAUCGUUCGGUGAAUCGUUCACGAGUGAUCAUAACAACUCGCGAACACUUUUCUAGAUGGUUUCUUAGGAAGACCAAAAGGAAUUUUAAUGUUUUGGAAGAGAUAAAGUCCUUAUUUGAUUCUUCGGCUUUUAAGCAUUGAAAGGAGUCUCAUUAUAAAGGAAGGAAAUAUUUUAUUCAACAAAAGGGAUACACUUGAAAGAAGUCAAAGAGAAAAGAAAAGUAGAAGAAGGAUGUAGUUCGAGAAAUAUAAGAGAUAGUUGUUGUGAAUAUUACCGAUACGAUGGAGACGAGAAGGAAAUGCGAGAAGUCGUGGAGGCGAGUGAAAAUCGAUUUCUGAGAAACGCGGAGGAGGAUGCACAAACACACAAAUCAAUUUCGUGGCCCCAUUGGGACUAGUAGCAGUACGACUACCACAGCCAACAACAACGGCAACAACAAUAGGGGCCCUGUGAGAAGAUGGAACAGUUUCCACGGUGGUGGUGGUGGUGGUGGUGGUGGUGGUAUGGGUGCUUGUGGAGGUGGUGGGAGCCAUCUUUUGAGCGACGCUGUUGGAAAUGGCGCCGUCGUCGCGGGAUCUUUUGUGAGGACAACUCAGGAACCUUUCAGGGCCGUACCGAAGGCCGUUCAAGCUCUGAGAAGUGAAUCGGUCGACAGGAGCCAUCGUGCUCCCCCACCACCGCCGCCGACCUUUCCGAGAAGACGAUUUUCCGUUUGCUUUGGAAAGCGGACGGGCAGCAGUGCCAGGAGACCCAACGAAUGUUUCGUCUUGGAGCCCUCCGAGAUGAUCGUCAUCGACUAUCCGGAGGUCCAUGGAGGAGGAAGGAUGCAUCGGCCACCGCAUCCACAUCCUAUAACCGACCAUCGUCAGGUCAAUCUGGUCUUCGACGACACGUUUUCGCAAGGUCUGACAGGUAGGCCGGAGCUGUAUCAAAAAUCCAAUAGGAGUAGUCAUUCAAGUGAUACGAGUUCUGCGUACAGUGGCUCAGACACAAUGACAUCUGUACAAAGUUCUUUGGAUGCGGACGCAGACGAGGUUGAUCUUUCUGGUCUUGUUGAGUCUAUAGUAGACAGCGAUGAGGAAGAAGAUUUGGCUGAGAGUAUGGAUAGUUUGAAUGUUCGUGAUGCUGUACGAGAAUGUUUAGAAAAAGAUCCUGUGGAAAGAACAGAAGAAGAUAUAGAGACACUUUUAGAAUUUACACAACAACUAAAGGCCUUCACGAAUAUGACACUGGCUGUAAGAAGAGCGCUGUGCGCUGUCAUGGUAUUUGCAGUGGUUGAACGAGCUGGCAUGGUUGUAUUAAAUGACGGAGAAGAAUUGGAUAGUUGGAGUGUACUCAUUAAUGGUACUGUUGAAAUUGAACACAGUAAUGGCGAGGUGGAACAGCUUCAUCUUGGAGAUAGUUUUGGUAUUUUACCUACCAUGGAUCGACUUCUGCAUCAAGGUGUUAUGAGGACAAAAUGUGACGAUUGCCAAUUCGUGUGUGUCACACAAGCAGAUUAUUUUAGAAUUCAGCAUCAAGGUGAAGAAAAUACGAGAAGACACGAAGAGAAUGGUAGGGUGACAUUAGUUACAGAAUUACGAGGCGCCUUGGAUGGUGGUGUACGCCGGGGUCAUGUAGUGAUUAGAGCAACUCCCGAGCGCUUAAUGUUACAACUUAUCGAAGAAAACAGUAUUACGGAUCCCACUUAUGUGGAAGAUUUUUUAUUAACUCAUCGAACUUUUAUCGAUAGCCCUUUAUUAGUUGCGAGCCAAUUAUUAGAGUGGUUUGACCAAGCUCAGGUCAGAGAUCGUGUUGCGCGUGUUGUAUUACUUUGGGUAAAUAAUCAUUUUACGGAUUUUGAGACGGAUCCAGCUAUGAUGGAAUUUUUAGAAGCCUUUGAAGCUGGAUUAGAAAGAGAAAAAAUGCAGGGUCAACAGAGGUUAUUAAAUAUUGCCUGCGCGGCAAAAGCAAGGACGCGGAAUGUAACAUUAGCAAGGCCUAACAGAGAUGAAAUUCUCCACUUUAGCAUUUUAGGUGGUUAUGAAAGAGGUUUUGGAAUUUUUAUUUCAAAAGUUGAUAAGAGAUCGAAGGCUGAGGAUGUCGGUUUAAAACGUGGCGAUCAAAUUUUGGAAGUGAAUGGGCAAAGCUUUGAACAUGUUAAUCAUGCCAAAGCAUUGGAAAUUCUAAGGAGUUCGACUCAUCUCAGUAUCACCGUAAAAUCUAAUCUUCUUGCUUUCAAAGAAAUGCUCCAAAUGCCGGAUAAUUCUCCAAGGCCAAGAGGAAGGGCAAAUAAGCCAGAAAUUCCUAGACUUCAAUCUGAUCCACGCGCAAGACUCUCUACUCAUGUUGAUCCUAUAACUCCAGUAAAUCCCUUGAAUCCUUUAGUAGGUGGAGUACAUCUCUUAAUAACAGAUAGUAAUGUUUCUCCUUGUAAGGAUGCUAAAAAGGAGCAUAAAGGAUUUAUGACUCUUGGACCUAAACGGAGAUUACAAAAAGCACUUAUGAAAAUGAAUAUACUGCCAAAGAAUACAAUCAACGAUGGUGUGCACUUAGAUGAUCCUCUCGCUCCACCACAUACACCGCCAGGAACGUGCGGUUCACAAACUACAACUAAUCUAUAUCAUUCAAAAAGUAAUCCCGAUCUUACAUCAUUAUAUUGUUACGAUGAUCUUAGAGCACCAGAUUAUCCGGAACACGUAUUAAAGGUUUACAAGGCUGAUCAAACUUGUAAAUAUCUUCUCAUUCACAAAGAGACAACGGCGCAUGAGGUGGUAAUGCUCGCGCUACAGGAGUUUGGUAUCACCGAAAGUAGUUCGAAUUUCUCUUUGGCGGAAGUGAGUGUUGGCGAAGGUGGGAUGAUCAAGCAGCGAAGAUUACCAGAGCAGCUGCAAAAUCUUGCAGAAAGAAUCGGUUUAAGUUCGCGUUAUUAUUUAAAGACUAACGGUAUAUCAGAAACUUUAGUAGCGGACGAACAGGCGCCGGAACUUAUACGUGAAUCUCAAGUACAUUUUCUACAAUUAAAUGCUGUGGAGGUAGCCAUUCAAUUAACUCUACAGGAUUUUAGUAUAUUUAGACAAAUUGAAUCUACAGAAUAUGUGGACGAUUUAUUUGAAUUAAAGAGCAGGUACGGAAUACCAAUGCUCAGUCAGUUCGCGGAGCUAGUCAAUAGAGAAAUGUUUUGGGUCGUUACGGAAGUUUGUUCCGAGCACAAUCUUGUACGCCGUAGCAAGAUUAUAAAACAAUUUAUAAAAAUAGCUCGACAAUGCAAAGAAUGUAAAAAUUUUAAUUCUAUGUUCGCAAUUGUAUCUGGUCUUGGUCAUGGCGCGGUGUCGAGGUUGAGAGCAUCUUGGGAAAAACUGCCAAGUAAAUAUCAGAGAUUAUUCAGUGAUUUACAAGAGUUAAUGGAUCCUAGUCGUAACAUGAGUAAAUAUCGUCAACUAGUAGCGUCCGAACAAACGCAACCACCGAUCAUACCCUUCUAUCCUGUAGUCAAAAAAGAUUUGACCUUUAUUCAUCUGGGUAACGAUUCUAGAGUAGAAGGUUUAGUGAAUUUCGAAAAGCUCAGAAUGAUCGCUAAAGAGGUCAGAACAUUGACGAAUAUGUGUUCGUCUCCGUACGAUCUAUUGACCAUGUUGGAAAGAGGUGGACAACCACCGAGUUCCGCGAUGGUAGCAUUGAAUCAAAUGACAACGGGUAAUCAAGGUGGUCAAACGGCAACGGUUAAAAGACGUAAGAAAUCGGCAGCGGCACCAAAUCCGAAGAAAAUGUUCGAAGAAGCACAAAUGGUACGAAGAGUAAAGGCAUAUCUCGCUAAUAUGAAAGUUAUUACCGACGAGGAACGAUUGCACGCACUUUCCGUCGAUUGUGAACCUCAUGCCGGUGCUGUCGCCAUUGCUGCAGCGGUACCACUCACUGGAAGUCGAGGGAGAAGGCAUCCUUCUCCCACGCUUUCAACUACGAGUAGUGCCAGUAGCACGAGCGAGGGAAGAAAGAGCAUACAAGGUACAAAGUUCGGAGCUGCCUCACCUCAGGCAGUAAGGAAGAUGUUGGCUCUUUCAGAUCCUCACAAAACUCGACCGUAUCAACCUAAACAUUGUCCACCACCCCUUCCAGUACCUGGAUUGGCAUUGCACUCUAGUGGACUUGAACCAAGUCCUGGUGCACCGAGAAGAGUUGGUUCUGGUAGUAGAGUUCCGAUGCACGAAAGAUCGCACAGUGAUACACCUUCGAGUUUACCACCACCGGUUGAUCUCAGUGCCGAGAGUAGCAGUGUCACAAGUCUGAGUAAUCUUCAACCAUUACGGAAAACCUUAACGAGCGGUUCAGUGACGAGCAGUGAUAGCGGUCACAGUACUCAACUGGACAGUCAUAGUGGAAGCAGCGUAGAGGCAGGUGGCAGUCCGCCACCACCGCAAAGACGGCAUUCCGCCAUGCAAGGUUCCGGUCUGGCCGGAGUCCAGGGCCCACCAAGCGCAGGGACAACGACCAUUAUGACGAACCUUACAUCCAUGACGACGAUGACGUCGAACGCGUCGAUGAGAGCCGGCCUGGCCGGCAUGGGUGGUAGUCAGUGCCGCCAACCACCGGCUUACAAAGUCGCAGCGCAGAUGGCAAGAUUACACAGGCUCGGCCGUGCUCACAGCCACGAAGGAGUUACUUAUCGGACCGAUCACGAAGAUGAUGACGAGGACGCCCAAGUGUCGGCGGUAUAAACAAUCGACGAGCAUGCCGAGCAACGAGACCCGGCCAUCCCAUAGUUAAUUUUCUUAAUGCUGAUUUCCUUUCGUCGGGGAUCGAAAAGUCGAGAAAUACGAGAAACGUUCUCAAUAAACGUUUCGUAAAGAACGAAUUAGGAGAGACAUGGCGAAGUUCGAAAUUGCGCGGGAGCGAUGCAACUUCGUAAACAUUUUGUCUUUUGUCACAUAGAUCUUCAAUCGAUCGUUAUUAUCGACGGACGAGGAAAGAUGCAGCAUCAAGUCCGAAGUUAGCAACGAGCUCGAUCGUGCGAGAUGGAUACUAAUAAUUGAAUCUCAAGAUACGUUUGAAUUCUUCCUCUUUCUCUGGUUUUUUCUUUUUUUUUUUUUUUUUCUUCUUUUUUUUGCCCUUAAAAUAGAUUGAAAGUUAAAGAAAGAAAGAGAAAGAGAGAGAGAGAGAGAGAGAGAGAGAGAGAGAGAGAGAGAGAGAGAGAAAGAGAAAGAAAGAAAGAAAGAGAGAGAGAAGAAAAAUAAAGGAAGAAAAAUGAAAGCACGAUGACUUUCGUUGAGCAGUGCAAAGCGCUCGUCUUCCACAAGUGAAAAAAAAAAGAAAGAAGAAAAAAAAGAAUGACGAGGACAUUUGUUCUGAUGAAUAGAAGACAAAGAAAGAAUGAAUGAAUAAAUGAAUGGAAGGAUGAAUGAAUGGAUGGAUGGAUGGAUGGAUGAAUGGGUGAACGAAUGAAUGAAUGAAAGAAAGAGAAAGGGAACAGUGCGAAAAUCGCUAAAAGAAGAGAGAAAUGCGCGUAAGUCGUACUCCGCGAUAUGCGAAAUCGUGUGAACGUAAGCUGGCGAAACUCUUUAGCAUGGAUUACUUUCUCUUUCUUUUGCUCCUUUCAUAUUGUUUUGCUUUCCAUGUUGAAAUACGAAAAGGAUAAGGAAAGCUUCAUCGUCGGGCCGUCGUCGGUAAGCUCUCGACACGAAUCGAUGAGAGAAAAGAAAGGAAGAAAAGAAAAGAAACAAAAAAAAAUGAAAAUGAAAAUGAAAAUGAAAAUGAAGAGAAGAGAUGAGCGAUUAUAAGUAAUAUUCUAUAUAAAUGUGUAAUAAAUCGAGUCCAAAGAUGUUAUAUAUAUAUAACGCGUAUCGCCGAUGAUAAUACGAAAGAGACGGCGUAUCCUGUAUUAUAAUACUUUGUAGGAUAGCUUUUAAAGAGUAUACUUCCCUCCCUUUAGACUUGCCCGUGAACCUUCUCUGGCGGUCGAUCCCAACCCCCAUCUCCUUUCAUCUACUUUCUACCCGCCACCUCACCCCACCUCACCUCACCCUCCACCACCAUUCUUCCUUCAUCUUUAAAUAUAGACGAAUAAGUUGGUGUAAAUAGCGUUUAGACUUUACGUAGACAUUAGCCGAAGAAGGACGACGACGCGAGAGGACAAGGAAAAAAAAAUGAAAAAGAUAAAAGAAAAGAAAUUUUGAAAAUGAGAUAGAGAUAUAUAUCGUGUAAGCUUAUCGUUCGAAAUCCUUAAGAUCGAUGACCUUCCUACUCUUCCAAGUCUAACGGAUUCUCUCGUGUCUGGCGAUAUAUAUAUAUAUAUAUAUAUAUAUAUAUAUAUAUAUAUAUAUAUAUGCGCGAAAUAUUCUCAA